AUGAAGAGGAACACUCAGAAAUGGGAGGGUGUGCAAAGUCAUGAAGGCAGAUUUAUGCCUUAUGUUGCCAAGGUGUUCCAAUUUGUGUCACAGUUGGCUAGCAAUUGUGAUGUAAAUCCUUCCAGGCUAGACAUAUGGGAAGUGGACUACUACAAUGUCAGGUAUGUAGUAAAUCUGGUGGAGAAAACUUGUAGCUGCUAUAGAUGGGAGCUCAUUGGGAUCCCUUGUGCACAUGCUUGGGCUGUGAUAAUAAAGAAAAGACUCAGGCCAGAGGACUUUGUUGACGACUUCUACAGCAAGGGCAGGUACUUACAGGCAUACUCACCAAGUAUCAAACCAAUUCCUGGUAUGAAACAAUGGGAGAAGAGGAUUGACCUGAUGCAACCUACACCACCUGUCAUAAGGAAAAUGCCAGGAAGACCUUCCCACAAGAAAAGGAAGCAGGAACAGGGUGAAAGGGAAUAA